AUGGCGGCGGAGGAGCAGCUCGGUGCCGCUCAGAGGAGCAGCGGCGGCGGCCUCUCCUCUCCUCCCAGCCCCGGGCCGCUCACUCCCACAGCCACAGGCCUGACAUGUGAUGGAGAGAUGUCCGGGCUGUUUGGCGGAACCGGAGCGGAGUCUGAGGAGCAGCAGGAGCCGCAGGAGCAGCAGGAGCCGCAGGAGCAGCAGGGGCCGCUGGCUGCUGUUUCCGGAGCUGCAGAGCACACUGAGCCAGCAGGUCAGGAGGCAGAGCAGCUUCAAGAUCUCACCAAGUUCCCCUUCACUGCUGUCACUGUGAAGAGUGAAGAUGAUGAAGAGGAAGCUCAGUGCUCACAGCUUCAUCAGAGCCAAACUGAGGAGAACAGAGAGGCAGAGCCUCCAGCCAGCAGCUCCACUGAACAGAUGAAAACAGAAGCUGAUGGAGAGGAACCAGCCAGGAACUCAGAUCCAGCUGCUGAUUUCCAAGCAACUAGUGAGGGCCAGCUCCUCUCUUCACACUCUUCUGAAGCUGAGACUGAUGACAGUGAUGACUGGGAGGAGAGCAGAGAGCCUCAGUUAGGUUCAAACCCACAGAGUGAACUCCUUUUCAGUGAUGAUGGAUCUGAUGAUGCAGAGAAACCAUCUUCCUGCUCUGUGAACAAGAACACAGGAGAGAAACUGUGGAGUUGCUCUCUUUGUGGUAAAAACUUUAAAGGGAAAGGAACCUUAAACAGACACAUGAUUAUGCACACAGGAGAGAAACCAUUCAGCUGCUCAGUGUGCGGUACAGGUUUUACACAGAAACAACACCUUAAAACACACAUGAGAAUCCACACAGGUGAGAAAGCAUUUAACUGCUCAGUCUGUGGUAAAGGUUUUACGCAGAAACAGGAUCUCAAUAAACACAUGAGAAUCCACACAGGGGAUAAACCGUACAGCUGCUCCUUCUGUGGUAAGGCUUUUAGCAUUAAUAGUAAUUUAAGAGCACACAUGAGAGCCCACACAGGAGAGAAGACGUUCAGUUGCAGUGUGUGUGGGAGAAGUUUCACCAGGCGUGCAGAUGCUAGAAGCCAUGAGAGAAAAGCUCCACCUCUGACCAAUCAGAGUGAGCUCCACCCACUGAAUAAAAAACGGGACAUUUCUACUGGUUCCAAUGGAGAGUUUCAGUUUCCUUUUGCUCUGCGAUGCCGUUUCAUUUGCCUUCGCAGGGGAAACGCCCCGGUGACGCGCUCGCCGGGCGCUCCGGGUGCUUUCACCCCGGCAUGUAGUAAAUGA